UGGUGGAUAGGGGAAUGCUUCCCAUUUAUGGGUGGUACCGGUCAAAUGAAAUAGCCGGCGCGAACCAAAAUUGGCACUAAGGAGUAAACCUUGGAAAAAAUCUCCCAACGCUAAGCUGUAGACCGUGGCGAGGGUGUGCGUGACUCCGGGAAAGAGGAGCCACAAACGGUCCCCCCGGCAUCAUGGCGAGGGUGUGCGGGAUGUAGGCUAUUUAUAGCAAGGCCUUGCUGUGGUAAGGGAGCACUGCCAUGGUUGACUUUUAGAUCUGCCCUACUCGUGGGACCUAAAUAAUGUCACAAAAGAAUCAAACUCAGCUGGUUGGGGUGUCCGGUACAGAAACUCUGACUAAUACUGCAAAAUCGUACCAAAACAAUAGUGUAGGUGGAACACAAAAAAAUUCACCAGCAAGCCAGGAGAAGGGGACAAUGGUACCUCGGUUCCUACUUGUUAAGAGGAAAAGUGAUAAAGGAGAGAACUUUGAAAAAGUUAGCCCUUUUCUCAUUUCGAAAGCAAUAUAUGGACUAAUUGGUGAAACAAAUUCGUUGAGAAAAAUUAAAGAUGGUCUGUUAAUUCACACAAAAAGUAAUAGCCAAGCUUCACGACUCCUACAAACAAAAACGUUAAUUGAUUUUGAAGUAGAAGUAAUUCCACAUGGAACUCUAAAUAUAUCCAAAGGGAUUGUUUUUUGUAAAGAUUUACUAAAUUGCACUACAGAAGAAAUAUUAGAGAACUUAAAAGAUGAAGGCGUUAUCGAAUUUAGGAGAAUGAAAAAGAAGGUUGAAGGUGUUUUGAUAGAUACCGCCAAUCAUAUUCUAACUUUUAACAAUCCUAAGCUGCCAAACGAAAUUAAAAUCGCAUAUUACAACCUAAAAAUUCGCCCUUACAUACCACCACCAACAAGGUGCUACAAUUGCCAGAAAUUUGGACAUGUGUCUGCCAGGUGCAUUAAAGAAAAAUUAUGUCCAUGUGGCUCUCCCCCACACGAAGAUACUGAAUGUACACCACCUUUUACUUGUGUAAAUUGCGAAGGCUCUCAUUUAGCAAACGACAGAGAAUGUCCUAAAUAUAAAACAGAAUCUGCCAUUAUAAAAAUUAAAAUUAUUGAAAAGAUUCCCUAUCUAGAAGCAAAAAGAAAGGUAAUGUUAAGUACUCCAACAAAAAAUUUACCACAAGUAACUAUACAACAAGUCUUACCCGAAUUAAAACAAAUUAUUGCUGAAACAAUAGAUAGUGAAUUACAGAAACACACCCCUACUCUUCCUGUGAAUCUAACAAAUAUGUCACCUCCUCGCUAUCCCAAGAGGACCAAACGAAUACGAUCUGACAGCUCUGACAUAGAAUCAGUUACAAGUGAAACUACAAACUCACAAACUGAAAGGAAAAAAAAAAAAACCAGGUUGGCAGAGAGGCAAACCUCGCAAAUUUGGUGCGAUGAGUAUGUAAAUAAUACUCAUCAAAUCCACUUCAUAACAUUUUAA